AUACGAGAAAGACUGAGCCAAUGGGAGACAAAUUUAGCGCCUCUUACUGACGCUCAAAAGGACGCAUACAUGGAUCUGAUGACUCUCGCAUCUCAACGUCCACUUCCAUAUGGAAGAUUCUAGCUUUUGUAAAGAGCCGAUCAAGUUUUAUUGCAAUACAGUCAAACCUUGCUAUUCUGACACCCUCACUUUCUACAAGUUGGCGCAAACUGAAACUGGUGUGGUUGCUAAUGGAGUACAUCGAAGUAGAACAGAUCAGGAAGGAGAUGCUGUAUCUCUCCUGGCAGCCGAUGAACGGAUAGAAACAGCACAACAGUUUUUCGCUUGGUACCAGAGGGUAGAAGUAGCUCAUAGUCAACAAGAGGAAUCAAAGUAUACGUCUUGUAUAGAGCAGCUGACAGAAUAUAGAAAACAUUGUGACACUGUGCUACAAGGAGUCUCGGCUACACUUGAACGAUUAGAAGAAAUGCAGAAGCAGCAGUUAGCUGUAUCUACAAAGACUAAUGCUCUUCAUGAAGCAUGUGACCAGCUGCUACAGGAUCAGACCAAGUUGGUUAAUGUAGCAGAAAGCAUACGAAGCAAGUUGGCGUACUUUGAUGAAGUAGAGGAGCUCAGUCAGAAACUGAACUCGUCGACUUUCAGUGUAUCUGAUCCAACGUUUGUUCCGAAGCUGACAAGAAUGGAUGAAUGCAUCGCUUUCUUAGCUAGCCAUCCUUCAUUUAAGGAACUGCCAGUCUAUCAAGUCCGCUUUCAACAAUGUCUCCAUCGAGCACUCAGUCUGAUUCGAGUGCAUGUUGUAAACCAGCUGAAGGGUAUCACACAACAAGUACAACCUACCAAAGGUGUGAUUGUUCAUCACACGGACUCAGCUUUUACAUUAUAUUAUGGGAAAUUUCGUACAGUUGCACCACGGAUUAAGUCUUUGAUGGAACAAGUUGAACAGCGCUGUAGAGUUGAUCAACAAUACAUGUCUCUCUUGCAAGAGUGCCAGCAAUGUUAUGUUGCACAACGACAGCAUUUGCUGAUACCAACAGUCACAGUCACACUGCAGAUGCUACUCAAAGAGCACAACAGAGACCACUGCUUGCUGUUUCGUGGUGGCUGUUCGUUUAUGGUGAGGCUGUGUCAGGACGAGCAUCAACUCUAUUAUCAUUUUUUCUCACUGCACAGUGCAGCUUUAGAGAGUUUGCUUGACAGUUUGUCCUGCCUUUUGUAUGAUGUUUUGAGACCUCAUAUAAUUCAUAUUCACCAUUUGGAGACCUUGGCUGAGUUGUGCAGCAUUUUGAAGGUGGAGAUGCUUGAAGACCACGUGCAACAGAAACCUGCAGAGUUGUCCGUGUUUGGGUCUGUUGUGGCUCAAAUGCUGGAAGAUAUCCAAGAGCGUCUAGUUUACAGAGCUCAGCUGUAUGUAAACACUGAUAUUAAAAGCUACAACCCUUCACCAGGAGAUCUAGCUUAUCCAGAAAAGCUACAAGUUGAGAUGAAAACAUCGAAGGGUAAACGCGGAAGCACAUCACUGGAGUCAGGGAGCGAAGGUUACGACUUAGCUGCAGCUGAUCAGCCUGGCAUGUGGUAUCCUACGUUGCGACGAACUCUCAUGUGCCUCUCAAAACUCUACAGAUGUAUUAAUAAACCAAUAUUUGAAGGAAUUGCUCAGGAAGCAUUAGCCGAGUGUAUUCAAUCUUUGAAAGUUGCAUCUAAUGCAAUUGUAUCAAAGAAGAGUGCAAUCGAUGGCCAAUUGUUUCUUAUCAAACAUCUUCUCAUCUUGAAGGAACAGAUAGCACCGUUUGAUGUCACGUUUGCAGUGAAAGAAGUUUCUCUUGAUUUUACAAAGUUAAGAGUGGCUGCAAAAGGUUUGUUGAGCCAAGGAAGCAGACUGUUUGCUUUGAACCAGCAGAAUGCGUUUUUGGAAUUUUUACUGGAGGGUCAGCCGCAGCUCACAGAGAACUAUUUGGACUCAAAGAAAGACGUGGACAACCAAUUAAAGAGACUUUGCGAAGAGUUUAUUGAAACAGUGUCACACUUUUUGGCUGAAUCACUUAAAUUGCUUCUGGCAAAGGUGGAUGCUGUGACUCAAAUGGCAGCCAAGUCUGGGUCAACUGUUCAGUUGAAGACCCAUGUGUUCGCAACCCCAGAAAAGGUUCACGAAGUCGUCAGUGAAAACUACAAGAACCUUCGAGCACGUCUUCCUCCUCUGCUCGAAAAGAUGUCACUCUACCUCGCCAAUAAAGAUACGGAAUACAUUCUCUUCAAACCGAUCAAGGCGAAUGUUCAUCAAGCGUACAGACAGCUAAAUAAAAUAGUGACAGAAAAUUUCGGCGAAGAGGAACAGCAAAUUAUAGGAUGUCCGUCGACAGAUGAAGUCAGCGUCUUGGUCUCAAUGAACUGACAGUCACGUGAUGAAUAGAUGUGUUUGCGUCGCAAAAAACCAACGAUUUGUAAAAUAAAAAUAUGCGUUCGUGGCCAUAUUUACACGUUUAAUGGGUGAGAGUGAGCAGGGGGUGGUUAUACUUUGUGGACU